GGAAGGCAGAAUUGAUUGCAUGUGUUGGAUCCCAAUUGGCAUAACCACAAUAUUGCAUAAUUUCUAGACAAAUGUUAGGUCUUCAAUAGCGACAAGUCACUGCCAAAGUCAACCCCCUGUUGUUGCUUUGGUUAUUCUCUUCCCUUUGUUCAAUAAAUAGCACUAGCAGUGUUAUAAGCUUGAGAAUUAGCAAAAGGGUUGUGAUUAAUCAGGAAAAGCUAUUGCUUGGGAGAAAGAAGGACAACCUUGUAAGAUGGCUCAGGCUAUAGUGAACUUCAUAGUGCAAAGUCUUGGUGAUUUGCUCAUUCAAGAAGCAGUGUUCCUAUAUGGGGUGGAAGACAAAGUGUUGCAGCUGCAAACUGAAUUGAGGAUGAUGAGGUCUUACUUGCAAGAUGCAGAUAGAAAGCAAGAUGGUAAUGAAAGGCUAAGGAAUUGUAUUUCAGAAAUCAGAGAAGCUGCUUAUGAUUCUGAUGAUGUCAUUGAGUCAUAUGCCCUCAGAGGAGCUUCAAGAAGAAAUUUGACUGGUGUUUUGAGCCUCAUCAAAAGGUAUGCUUUAAACAUCAACAAAUUCAUAGAAACCCACAAGGUGGGAUCUCAUGUUGAUAAUGUCAUAGCUAGGAUUUCUAGCCUCACAAGGAGUUUGGAAACUUAUGGCAUAAGGCCUGAGGAAGGAGAAGCCUCAAAUUCUAUGCAUGGGAAGCAAAGAUCUUUGAGCUCCUACUCACAUGUUAUUGAAGAGGACCUAAUUGGUGUUCAAGAUGAUGUUAGGAUUUUGGAGUUAUGUUUGGUUGACCCCAACAAAGGCUAUAGAGUAGUAGCCAUUUGUGGAAUGGGGGGUUUGGGGAAAACAACAUUGGCAAAGAAGGUGUACCAUAGUCUUGAUGUGAAGAGCAAUUUUGAGAGCUUGGCUUGGGCCUACGUAUCACAGCAUUGCCAAGCAAGGGAUGUGUGGGAAGGAAUUUUGUUUCAGCUUAUCUCUCCUUCUCAAGAGCAAAGACAAGAAAUUGUCAAUAUGAGAGAUGAGGAGCUUGCAAGGACGCUUUACCAAGUUCAAGAGGAGAAGAGUUGCUUAGUAGUCCUUGAUGAUAUUUGGAGUGUAGACACAUGGAGGAAACUGAGUCCUGCUUUCCCUAAUGGAAUAUCACCACCAGUAGUUGGUAGCAAAAUAGUGUUGACUACUCGAAACAUCGAUGUUCCAUUGAAGAUGGAUCCUAGUUGUUAUCUUCACAAACCAAAAUGUUUGAAUGAACAUGACAGCUGGGAGUUGUUCCAAAAGAAGGCAUUUCCAAAAAUUGAUGAUCCAGACUACAUACAGAAGCAGAACUUGGGAAGGGAAAUGGUUGGAAGAUGUGGAGGUUUACCAUUGGCCAUCAUUGUGCUUGGAGGACUAUUAGCAUCAAAGACUAAAUUCUAUGAUUGGGACACUGUGUAUAAGAACAUCAAUUCAUAUUUGAGGAGAGCAGAAGGCCAAGAACAACGCUUAGGAGAGGUGUUGGCUUUGAGUUAUUACGAAUUACCAUACCAGUUGAAGCCAUGCUUCCUACACUUAGCCCAUUUCCCAGAAAAUUUAGAGAUACCAACAAAGAAACUAAUAAGAAUAUGGGUGGCAGAGGGAAUUAUAUCAUUGGAUCACAAUGAAGGAGAAGGUGAGGAAGCUCUUGAGGAUGUGGCGCAACGUUACUUGACUGAGCUAGUGGAGAGGUGCAUGAUUCAGGUAGUUGAAAAGAGUUCAACAGGAAGAAUUAGGACUUGCCAAAUGCACAACCUAAUGAGGGAACUGUGUAUUGAUAAGGCAUAUCAGGAAAACUUUCUUGUGGAGAUCAAUUCCUGGAAUGUAGAUGAAACUAGAGGGGCAUCAAGAACAAGAUCAAUGGAAAAAGUUCGCAGGAUCGCCUUGUAUCUGGAUCAAGAUGUUGAUAGGUUCUUCCCUUCACACUUGAAAAGACACCACCAUUUAAGGUCUCUCCUUUGCUACCAUGAAAAGGCAGUUAGGCUAAGUGAAUGGGGGUUGAUGAAGUCUUUUUUUAACAAAUGUAGGUUACUUAGAGUGUUGAAUUUGGAAGGUAUACAGUGUCAGGGAGGGAAGUUGCCAAAAGAAAUUGGUUUAUUGAUCCACUUGAGGCUUCUCAGUCUAAGAAAUACAAAAAUUGAUGAGUUGCCCCCAUCAAUAGGCAAUUUGAAGUGCUUGAUGACUCUGGAUCUUCUAACGGGGAACUCAACUGUACUUAUACCAAAUGUCAUAGGCAACAUGCACAGAAUGAGACAUUUGCAUCUACCAGAAUCAUGUGGUGAUAGCAUUGAAAGAUGGCAACUUGACAACCUAAAAAACUUGCAGACCUUGGUUAACUUCCCUGCUGAGAAGUGUGAUGUAAGUGAUCUCAUGAAAUUGACCAAUUUGAGAAAGUUGGUGAUAGAUGAUCCUAAAUUUGGAGAUAUCUUUAAGUACCCUAAUGUGACAUUUAGCCACCUAGAGUCGUUGUUUUUUGUUAGUUCUGAGGAUAUAUCAAUUGUCCAUGUUGCAUUAGGAUGUCCUAAUCUUUACAAGCUGCACAUAGAAGGGCCUAUAAAGAUUUUUCCUGAACCACACCAACUUUCUUCCAAGCUUGUGAAGCUAAAGUUUAAGGGUUCAGGACUUCUUGUAGAUCCAAUGCCAACACUAGAGAAGCUUCCCAAUUUAAGGUUCCUUGAACUACAACUUGAUUCAUUCAUGGGAAAGAAGCUAUUUUGUUCCAGCAAUGGUUUCCCUCAGCUCAAGUCUCUUGUUAUCUAUGACUUGCCAAACCUUGAAGAGUGGAAGUUGGGUAAGGGAGCCAUGCCUAGUCUUAGGAAGCUUGAGAUUGCAAAUUGCACUAAGCUUGAGAGGGUUCCAGAUGGGCUCAGGUUUGUGGCCACUCUUCAGGAUUUGGAGAUCAGAUCAAUGUUUGCAGUAUUCAGAACUAAACUUGAAAAAGAAACUGGUGAUGUUCCUAACAGAAAACAAAAACCAGUGAUUGUUCUACAAGUGUCUUGGCAGGCUCCAAAAUGGGAAUUUGAAAAUUCUUUCAAUUUGUUAUCAGUUUUUGCUGAGAAGAACUUAAAGACCUGCUGCUGGAGAGUUCUUUACAUAUCUGAGUACCCUGCAAGCUGCUCAAUGGUGAUCUAUGAACUGACUAAGUUGGCUAACAUCAAAGCUGAUAUAAUUGAUGAACUAUGACAUGCAUGAUAGUUUAUUAUUAGAUGAUGGUGUAUGCAUUAUUUAGUCUAUUAAAUAAUUAAUGGUUUUCAUUUAACCCAUCUUCUAUUUGUAAUAUAUUAAUAUGAUACUGAAUUACCUGACACUUAA